AUGGCGGAUUCAAGACCUUCUUCCGAUCCAGAAAGGGUCCACGAGAGAACUAAGGAAGAAUUUGAUGAUGCACAGAAGAACCCGUUUCACCAUCACAAGGAAACUCAUGGUCUGCGGUCUGAUAUUGAUGAACAAACCUCGAUUAGUGAUGUGAAGGCUCCGAAUGUGUUUGAAAGAGCCAAAGAGGAAUUCGAGGCUAUUGUAGAGGCGGUUCAUCCUAAGAAAGAACAUGAUCAGGCCGAGACUCAUGUUACCUUUCCCAACGGUGAAAAGAGGAAUUCUGCUGAAAAAGUAGAAACAAAAGAAGGAAGCGCCGAUUUAGAAAAGAGCAAAAAGUCUCCUAAUCUUAUUGAGAAGGUUAAGGGAGAUAUGGAUGGCCUCAUACAUAAGAAGAAGCACGCACACGGUCAUCAUAAAGAAACUCAUGGAACAAGUAAUGACAUUGACGAGAGCACUCCUAUUGAUGAAGUUAAGGGUCCAAAUUUGUUCGAAAGAGCUAAGGAAGAAGUUGUGGCCCUUCUUGAUGUGAUUCAUCCGAAGAAAGAUACUGGAAGUUCUAGUCCCUCAAAAAAGAAGGAAGGUGGAUUUAGGAUGUCCGUAGGAAAAGGGUUGGAAAAGAUUUGUUCUCCCCGGAGCCAUAAUGAAGAUUGA